CACUAAAAGCACCAAACUUUUUUGUUUGUUUCAAAUAAAACCUCUCGACUACUGAUUUCUCUCUCUAUAUUUCUGAUAUUCUCCCAUUGUUCCAGCCGUCGUUUAAUACUUUCCAAUGGCUUCUUCUUUUUCAUCUUCUGUUAUUGCUUGGGGCUCCGGUGAAGAUGGCCAAUUGGGUAUUGGAAACAAUGAAGAAAGAGAAUGGGCUUGCGUUGUUCAAGCUCUUGAGCCUCACAAUGUCCGCUCCGUCGUUGCUGGCAGCCGUAACUCUCUCGCUAUUUGUGAUGAUGGCAAGGUCUCGGCGGCUACCCCCCCUUCUGCUUUUAUAUUUAUAUUCUUCUUGGUGCUUUUUGAAGUGGGUAUUGAUUGUUUAUUCAGUUGCUUGAUUCCAUUUUGGUUGAAAACUUCUCUUGGUGUUUCGAAACGAGCAUCAACUGUUCUAACUUGGGUUUUCUGGGUUUUUGAUUGA